AUGGUCCUCCUCUCGGUGCUGUCGACACUGAGAGGUCGACAGUCAGUUUUUGCGUUCACUACACCGUCGAAGGUAGCAAAGCGAUCCACCUCUCUUUUCGCCAAAGGAGCCGGCGGUAAAAAGAAACCGAAAAAUGCUUUUGCCUCGACCAUCAUUCUCCCAGAGACACCAUUUUCUCAACGAGCGAAUGCCAUCAAGAGAGAACCUGAAAUCCAGGCACAAUGGGCUGAGCAGGAACUGUAUCAUAAACUAUCAGCUACCGCUGAGGAAGCCAACGCGGAUCGAUUUGUUCUUCACGACGGUCCUCCGUAUGCUAAUGGCGAUCUCCAUUGUGGCCACGCACUCAACAAGAUUCUGAAAGAUUUCAUCAACCGAAAUAAGGUGCUGAGUGGAAAGCAGGUCCAUUACAUUCCGGGUUGGGAUUGCCACGGAUUGCCCAUUGAACUCAAAGUACUUCAGAAUAUGAAAUCCAAGGAGCGCCAGGGUCUCACUCCCAUUAAACUUCGUGAAAAGGCUGCAGCAUUUGCCAAAGAAACUGUAGAAAAACAAUCGGCCAGCUUUCAGAGGUAUGGAAUUUUUGGGGACUUUGAAAAGCCCUAUCUGACACUGCAACCAUCAUUUGAAGCGGCCCAGAUAGAAGUAUUCGGGGAAAUGUUCAAAAAAGGAUACAUCUUUCGAGGUCGUAAACCAGUACACUGGUCGCCCUCGUCACGAACUGCCUUGGCGGAAGCCGAGCUGGAGUACCCGGAGGGACACAUUUCGAAGAGUAUCUACGUGGGUUUUGAGGUCACGGAACCCUCUGAGGCUUUGGAGGAGUACCACAGCGACGAAGACCCACUAAAGGUAGCUAUCUGGACAACUACACCCUGGACAAUCCCUGCGAAUAUGGCCGUUGCAAUCAACCCGGCAUUGAGCUACUCCAUUGUGACGCAUCCAAAGACUGGCAAAUUGAUUGUGGCUACUGACUUGAUUGGUUCCCUGCAGACCAAGUUUGAUCUACCAGAGGGAGAAAAGCUGGACAUUGUAAAGACCUUUUCUGGAGACGAUCUGAUUGGAACAAGAUACAACCACCCUCUAUACGAUCAUCGAAAGCCUACCAUUGUCGUUGGGGGCGACUACAUCACAACGGAGUCAGGUACUGGAUUGGUUCACACGGCACCUGGACAUGGUCAGGAGGAUUAUAUAACAGGUCUUAAGUACGGCCUUGAGCUAGUAAGUCCAGUCGACGACGUGGGAAAAUUCACCAUUGAGGCGGGAGAGGAGUUUGCAGGCAUGAGCGUUCUUGGCGAAGGUAACCAGGCUAUCAUUGAUGCGCUUUCCAGCAGCGGGACUCUUCUGAAAGUAGAGGAUUACGGUCACAAGUAUCCCUACGAUUGGCGAACAAAGAAGCCCACCAUCUUUCGGGCUACAGACCAGUGGUUUGCCAGCGUAGAAGGAUUCCGAGAUAUGGCGCUGGAUGCAGUUGAUCAGGUUCAAUGGGUUCCCGAGGUUGGAAAGAAUCGUAUCAAUGCCUUUGUCUCUGGUCGUGGAGAUUGGUGUAUCUCUCGUCAACGGUCCUGGGGAGUGCCCAUUCCUGUGUUUUACGAUUCGGAAACCGGUCAGGAUGUUCUCCUUAACGAAGAAACUCUAGCGCACAUUAAGCAAUUGUUUGAAGAACAUGGCAGUGAUGCAUGGUGGAAGAUGGACGAGAAGGACCUUCUACCAGACAAGUAUAAAGAUGAGGCGGACAAAUGGAAGAAGGGAACCGACACUAUGGACGUGUGGUUUGAUUCGGGUUCAAGUUGGGCAGGCGUUGCUCAAACUCGACAAGAGUUGGCCUACCCAGCCGAUCUCUACUUGGAGGGAAGCGAUCAACAUCGAGGAUGGUUCCAGAGCAGUCUCUUGACGAGCGUGGCCGUGAAUGAUCAGGCACCUUACAAGACAGUUCUGACUCAUGGAUUUGUACUUGACGAGAAGGGCUUUAAAAUGUCCAAAUCACUUGGAAACGUGGUCAAUCCAAUGCAAGUUAUCGAAGGCGGCAACAACAAGAAGUUAGAACCAGCCUACGGGGCAGACGUGCUUCGUCUCUGGGUUGCCUCUGUCGAUUACUCCGGUGACGUUUCCAUUGGCCCCAAUAUCAUCAAGCAAACUUUUGAGAGCUACCGAAAGCUUCGAAAUACUGCACGAUUUUUGAUUGGUAACUUGGCCGACUUUGUUCCGGAGGGACAACCCGGUUGCAGCGCAGUGCCGUACGACGAACUCCCUUCGUUGGAUAAAUGGAUGCUUGGUCGACUCAGCACACUGCUGAAAGAAGUAAUUUCAGCAAUGGACGAAUACCAAUUCCAAAGAGCCGUACAAGAGCUGCUUCGCUUUGCAUCUGCCGAUCUCUCGAACUUCUACCUCGACGUCGCGAAGGACCGUAUUUACGUGUCAGCAAUCAACGAUGCCAGACGACGAAGUUGCCAAACUGUGAUUCAUGCGUGCCUCGAGGGUUUUGCCAAGGCGAUUGCACCCAUUCUCCCUCACAUGGCGGAGGACAUUUGGCUGAACCUUCCGUACGAGAAAACAACCGAAAGUGUCUUUGAAGGAGGAUGGCCUCAAGAGCUUCUUGAAUACCCUGAAUACGACAAUGAACAGUGGGAUUUGGUACGAAAUCUGCGAGAUGACGUCAAUAAGCUACUCGAGUCGGCAAGAAGCGACAAACUUGUGGGAGCUUCGCUCGAUGCGGCUGCUUUCGUCUAUGCUGAAGAUGAGAAAACCGCAGCUACUCUGGAGAAGCUCGUCGGCGACGAAAGCUUGAUCUCUCCGCCAGUAAAGACAAACGGAGUGGACGAGUUGAGAACAGUUUUGAUGCUUUCCCAGGUGCGACUAGUGAAGAGCAAGGAGGAGCUUGAGUCCGCUUGCGACGAAAGCUACAUUGCCUUAUCCAACACAGCGAGCGGAUGCUCAGUUGGUGUUGCCAAGGCGGAAGGAACCAAAUGUGGUCGUUGUUGGUUCUACGACAAGCAAAUAGGAAAGGAGGGGCUCCCACACUCUGAUGUCUGCCAAAGAUGCAACGACGCCAUUGCUGUCUGGGAGAAAGAAACAGGUCAAGAAUUCGUGAAGCCCGAAAGUGAGGUGAAGGAACCCGUUGCAUAG